AAAUCAAAUUCCGAGGUUUUUUCGACUAUAAAAGAAGUGACCAAUUAAUACUAACCAUUUAGUCGGAGUCUAGAACUAGCGCGUGCAGUGAUUUCGAAAUGGGUGACAAGGAAAAAUUGUUAGAUGAGUUUUCAAGUGGCGAUGAAAGUGCCUCCUCCAAAAGCAUAAGGAAGCAGGGACGUAAGAGUCCUUGGUAUUUCGGCAUUGGCUUUCUUCUCUUCUGGCUGCUUCUGUUUCUGGCCGUGGUAAUCCCAUUUUUCCAUCGAGUUCCCAAUCCUAGGAGUAUGGAGGACUCCACCAAGGGUGAAUUCAUCGCCCAAAGAGCCAUGGACAAUCUGUAUAACCUGGUCAAGAUCGGUCCCAAAGUAGUUGGUAGCUUCAACAAUGAAAACAAGACGGUCCAGUAUUUGCUUAACGAGUUGGCUUUGAUCAAGGAGCAGGUUCUGGAUGAUUAUUUCGAUAUCGAGAUCGAUCAUCAGCAGGUCUCAGGUUCCUACAUUCACUGGACCAUGGUGAACAUGUACCAGGGAGUCCAGAACCUGGUCAUUAAGCUCAGCCCAAAGAACUGCACAAGCGAUACGUACCUCCUGGUCAACAGCCACUUCGACUCCAAGCCAACGAGUCCGUCCGCUGGAGACGCUGGUCAAAUGGUUUCAAUUAUCCUGGAAGUACUGAGAGUAAUGUCGACGACUAAGCAAUCCUUUCAACAUCCAAUUAUCUUCCUGCUAAACGGAGCUGAGGAGAAUCCUCUCCAGGCAUCACAUGGCUUUAUUACCCAGCACAAGUGGGCCAAAAACUGCAAAGUUUUUCUAAAUCUUGAAGGAUGUGCUGGUGGCGGAAGAGAGCUGCUGUUUCAAACUGGACCCAAUCACCCUUGGCUAGUGGAAGCCUACAAACAGAAUGCCCUACACCCGUUUGCCACAACGGUGGGUGAGGAGAUCUUCCAAACAGGUUCCCUUCCAUCAGACACGGACUUUGGAAUCCUGGUCAAAUAUGGAAAUCUCGUUGGCCUCGACAUGGCCCAGAAUAUUAAUGGGUUCACCUACCACACCAAGUACGAUGGCUACGAGAUAAUUCCCGCCGAUUCUGUCCAGAGUAUGGGCGAUAAUGUUCUUAGUUUGGUUCGAGCUUUGUCGAAUGCCACCGAAUUGCGCGAUACAGCAGCCUAUGCCUCGGGUCGUUCGGUAUUCUUCGAUAUACUGGGACUCUACAUGGUCAGCUACUCAGAGGGGACUGGCAUAAUCCUUAAUUAUUCCGUGGCCCUAGCCACCAUUAUCCUAAUCUUCGUAUCUUUAUGCAGAAUGUCGGGGGUUUCCCGAGUAUCCAACGGAUAUAUUCUGUGCUGGUUUACACUGAUCCUAGUAGUACAACUUGUAUCCUUUGUUCUGGGCAUGGGUUUGCCCAUAUUUAUCGCUUAUUAUUUUGACAAAUAUGGUCUACCUAUAACCUACUUCUCGACAUCAGAACUCAUGUUUGGUCUCUACGUGUGCCCCAGUCUUUUGGGACUAUGUCUUCCCUCGUACAUUUUUCUGAAGCUGCCAAGUAAUCGUAAAAUUUCCUUUGGGCAACAACUGCAGUUAAUUCUCCAUUCUCAAGCUUUAAUCCUGGCAGUUUUGGGUAUUGGCUUGACUUUGUAUGGCUUAAGGAGUAUCUAUGUGGUGACCUGGACUCUUGUUUUUUACGUCACACCUCUGAUCCUUAAUCUGAUCACCUCACUUCAUGAUCGCAGCUUAGCGUGGAUUGGUUUCCUAUUAAUUGGACAACUGGUUUCCUUUUUGUACAAUACCUAUUUGCAAUAUACCCUUGUCAAGACUAUGAUAGCCAUGAUGGGACGGUUUGGCAGGUCCACCAAUCCGGAUCUAAUUAUGUCAGGUAUUAAUGCUAUGGGAACUGUGCUGGCAAUGGGGUUCUUGAUUCCCCUGGUCUAUGUAUUCCGUCGUCCUGGUAUGAUCUUAGUCACCCUCUUAGCCGUGACCGGUAUUAGUAUCUAUGCCGCCACUUCCACUCAUUUGGGUUUUCCAUAUCGCCCAAAAACUAACGUAGAAAGAGUUCCUUACCUACAUGUUCGCAGAACUCUUUAUGAAUACGAUGGCUCCAUUAGCAAGGACGAUUCCGGGUAUUUGUUCAACUUCCAGGAUCGUCGAGGACCCGCUCCCUUGCAGGGCACGUCAGUCAACUUAACCGGACUGGUUGGCAUUUCAGAGGACUGUGGGAAGUACAUGAUGUGCGGGUAUCCACUGUACGAUCAUCGCUGGGUGAAGAAUCGUCUGAAUGGAAUGUGGCUCCCACGGGAACAGCUAAUAGAUCCCCCCAGAGUGCCCAAGGUGGAACUGCUGAGCAAAAUCGUCCAGUCCGACAAGAAAACUAUUCGCUACAAGUUCAAGAUAAAUGUCACAGACCACACAAGCAUAUUCAUCCAGCCCUACGAGUACGUCAAUAUAACCAAUUGGACUUUCCCGCUGGCCUACAUCGACCAGCAAACUACCUACCAUGUUUAUUUCUCACAUGGUAGGGACAGUACACCCUUGUCCUUCUUUAUGGAUUGCUAUAAGAGCAAUGGUGAUUUCAAUGUUCCGCUUUUCCAAAUGGGUGUGUCCGGACACUUUAUCGGCGACAAGGGAGACCAGAUCAGCCAGGAGUUUGCCAAAUCCUUCCCAGACUAUGCCGUCUUGAUUGAGUGGCCAACCUCGUACCAGCGAUUCAUUUACUAAACUAAAAGUUCCCCAUUUAUAUGACCAUAUGCCUUCAUUAAAUUCAAAUUAUUGCCACAAUAAAACAACUACUUCGUGCUGUAAAGCAUACACCUCUGGAGAUAUGCCAUCGCUUUCAAAAGUACCUGGAUAGUGAUGAAGUGACUAAUGAAUAUGUCGAACCAAAAUUUAUGGCACAUAUAUAGAUUA